CGUAUAAAGCCUUACAGCUGUAUACUGCUUAUGCAAUUCUAGUUCUGACAUAAUACUGGAAAAGUUGCUGUAACUGUGGAAUCCAAAAUGACCAACGUUGUGCAGAGUUUGUCUGAUUUUUUUGCAACCCUUGGUUUGACGACAGUUUUGAUAUUCGUGACAGUGUUGUUGAUAAGUCUGUGGAUGUUGUCGUCGAGGAAUCCUCGGGUGAACUGGCCCCCCGGACCUGUCUGUUUCCCUGUGGUGGGAUGUCUCCCUCAGCUGAUGAUCAGCGGUAGAAGACGACAACCGACAGAUCUUCUUCCAUGGUAUGAUACAUACGGAAAUAUCAUGCACAUCAAACUGGGUGAACAACACAUGAUAAUGCUGGGCACAUAUGAGCUGAUACAAGAGGCUUUCGUGAAGAAUGCAGCUACAGUCAGUGCUAGGCCUACCUGGGUAUAUUACAUCAGACGAUUAGUCGGAAAAGACGGUGCUGGAGUUAUCUUCAAAAAUGGACACGCAUGGAAGGAGCUAAGGAGAUUCACACUCUCGUCUCUUCGAGAUUUCGGCCUUGGGAGAAAAAGUUUACAAGAAAAAAUUCAGGAUGAGGCCAGAUACUUGGUGCAAAACAUUGAAGAUGAAAACGGAAAGGCUUUUUCUCCCAGAGACAGGAUUGGGAAAGCUGUCAGCAACAUUAUUUCUAUCGUAGUGUUUGGAGCUAGAUAUGACUAUGAAGACACCCCAGAGAUGUUGUCAGUUUUGGAGGAAUCCGUGAGACUGAACAAAGGAGGACCUCUGGCCUUUACCAACUUGGCGCGCUUGCUUUUUCCGAAGAAGAAAUUCGUCCUCAUGGAUGAAUUAUAUAUUUUGAUAAGACAGGAAGUAAAGCGGCACCGCCAGUCCUUUGAUCCAACUGACAUCCGGGACUUUAUUGACCUCUAUAUAAAAGUCACCCAAGAGAGACUAGAUCCAGAGAUUUUCACUGAUUGGAACGUUUUCCGCAUCAUAGUUGAUCUAUAUUUGGCUGGAACCGAUACAACAGCUAAUGCUUUGAGAUGGUCCCUGGUUCAUAUGGUAAAUCACCCGGAUGUACAGAAGAGGGUACAGAAGGAAAUUGAUCAGGUCAUAGGUCAAGGUCGUGUUGCCAAGAUGGAGGACAAGGCAAGCAUGUCGUUCACUGAAGCAACCAUACUGGAGGUCUUUCGCAUGUCUACUGUUGUUCCCAUGGGUGGUCCCCAUGCCACCAGUGAAUCUACAACUUUGGCCGGAUACACCAUUCCCAAGGACACCAUAAUACUAGGAGAUUUGUACCGGGUUCUUCACGAUAAGAAUAACUUCGAGGAUCCUUACAAGUUCAAACCAGAAAGAUGGCUUGAUGGCGAUGGUAAAGUGAUCAAGUCGGACAAAAUGAUACCAUUUUCCAUAGGGCCUCGUAUUUGCCUGGGUAAGGGACUGGCUGAAAUGGAAUCGUUCAUUUUCUUCACCACGUUGCUUCAGAACUUCACCUUCAAGGUACCGGAGGGGGAUAACCCGCCCAAUGGAGUAGAGGGUCUGCAUGCCAUCACUUUCUCGCCACACGAUUACAAUGUGUGCACAGUUAGGCGCUAGGAAUAUACUGACUGAAACGAUAAACUGAAUCUUAGUUUAUACAAAGCAGAAAUUUACCCCACACCUCACUUACUAUAAAUAUCAUUACAUAAACACCUUUGAUAUUGAAAUUAACCACAAAACACAAAGGUCAUUUGUAUCUAAUUUGAUUGCAAUUUAUAAACAAGCCCCAGCAAAAGUUAGAUUGCAUGAUAUUUUCUCCAAAUCGCCAAAUUUAAUAUGUAGUUCUGGAUAUCUUGGGCAAACUGCAGAAAAAUUCUUUGCGCAAACAAGUCGCUUAGUAUUUGCUUUUAGAUAUGGAAAUCAGAUAUGCUAUAUGAAAUCAUAUGUACACAAUACCGCCCUAUCGAUAUGAUAAAAUGAGUUGUUAAAUUAAAAAAGAUAAAAUGUGAAUGUAGAUCUUUCCAGUUAUAAAAAAUGGAAUAUGAAGUGGUCCUUCACAAUCUGAGAAGUGGUAGCUGAAAUCUUGAAACGUAAAAGUUAAUGAAAAUGUAAAUGAUGGUGUUUUCGAGAGGUGAAAGUUAGAAAAAAAGGGGCAUUUCACAUAAUAGUAGUUGAAAGAUGACCUUUCGUCACGAAAAGAUUAUCAAAGAUGAGGGCUCAUCUUUGGGUUAUACAUUUUGUAAAUAAAUGAAAAGUGAUAAAAGGCGUUUUGAUUGUACAGUGAUUGAGAUUCAUCUUGUCUUUUACUUAAAAAAUCA